ACAUUAGAACAACAAUAAUAAAAAAUUCCACCACGACCACGUUCUUACUUUCAUUCUGCUCUGCGUGCUCCAGCUGAUCAGAACUGUCGCCCUGCGGAAGGCUGGGUCGGGAUCCAGGAGGAUCCCCGGACAUCAGGUUUUUCCUUGGAAGAUGGUGGUUCCAUUCCAAGUUUUUUGAGGAAUCUCCAUAGUGCUCUCCAGAAUUUGCAGUUCCAUCAAGAAUGUUUAAGUGUACAUUUCCCCACACAUUCUUGCCGGAUGUUUGCAAUGGUCAAGAAUAAGGAGAUAUUUUGUGAUAUAUUUUUCAACCACUUCAAGAAAAAUAAAGUGGAGAUAGCAACUGCAAUAACAAAGCUGUUUCCUUUCCUAGAGGGCCUCAGAGACCGAUCCUUUAUCACCGAACAAAUCUAUGCUGAUUCUCAAGAAGCCUUUAGAAACUUGGUUCCUGUAGCCAGAGUGGUGUACCAUGUUCUUGGCCACCUUGAGAAGGUGUUUGAUUGGUCACUUCUACAAACCCUGUUCAGCAAAGUGAACCUGAAAGAGUACCCUGGCUUAAUACAGAUUUAUAAAACCUUUGAAAAUGUGUUCCAAGAAAAAUAUGUUUCCCUAAGAAGUGACCCGGAAGGAAGACAACAAACAUCCAUCACUCAGCCAAGCCGUGAGCAAGGAACAGUUGAGAACACGUUUCUGCGAAGACUGACCUGGCCACAGCACUCAGAUCCCUCGUCUUACAAUGAAUGUCAUCUAGGAGCCAUCCUGUUUGGAACUAGAACUAGAACCUCAGAACCUGUCUGGGAUGUAAAGUCAAAGCGUAUAAAGACAGAACAGCCUAUCUGCAGCCCAGAGAAGGCUCUUGGAACUCAACAAGAAAAUUAUGACUGUGCCCAAGCAGUUGCUGGUGAAUUCAGUGCUCUCCCAAUGAAGAGAGAGGAAGGGUCGGAAGAGAAGCCCAGCCCGCUGCAGCGAGGUGGACAAGGGGCAAGGCGAUGCAGAUACGAGGAUCUGGUGCCCACUUCCCUUGUGAGUCCGGAGGACCAGCAGAAGGCAAGGACCAUGCAGAGCCAAGUGGACGAAAUCAUAGUUAUCAGCAGUGAGGACUCGCAAUCCAGUGACGAGGAAGAGCCCCAGGUGUCUCCUGCUCAGCACCAAGGUGCAGGAUUCAGGCGGGUGAGGAGGGCGCGGACCUCUGCCACGGACUCCAGGAUCUUAGAGCUCCUGCUUGCUGGUGCACAUGGCUCGGAGGGCACUACCAGCCAGGGCCCUGCUAACCCUGGGCGCCCAUUCUUCACACUUGCCUCGGCUGGCCCUUUGGGAAACAUGGGAAGGCAGGGCGGUACUCCCUGACUGCUGCCUUCACGUCUGAAUGUCCGUGUAGAGACAGGAUGUAUGUUUCUGUUUUACACCUUUUUCCUUCACGUGGUUGUACAUAUGAUAGUAUAACAAAAAUUACAUAAUUUGUCUUUGUCUCCAGUUCUUGAUCCAGAGUGGUAAAACCUCUGGAAUUUCCAGUGAGAAGAGCAUCUUUUAAAAAUCAAGCAUAUGAUUACAGGGUUAGAUCUUUCAGCCCCACUUCUCGACCUCUGGGGAGAAGAGAGGAAUGGAAGAUUGAGUGCAUCAACAAUGGCCAAUAAUAAAAUGUCAUGUCUGCACAAUGACAGCUCAGAAAAGCCCCUGAACAAUGGGGUUCAGGGGCUUCCUAGUUGGUGAAGUCACCGAUGUGCUGGGAGCUGAAGAGAGCACACACCUCUCCUUCCCCUGCGCCCCCCCCCCCACUGUCUGCUAUACACAUACCUUGCUCUACCAUUUGGCUGUUUCAGAGUUGUAUUCUUUAUAAUAAAGCCACAAUCACCUAAAACUCUUUUUUGAGUUAAUGUAAGUCAUUCUGAUUCUCUAACCUGAAAAGGGGAGGGUCCUGGGAACUCCCAAAUAUGUAGGCUGCUAGACAAAAAUGUGGGUGACCUGAUCACAGGGCUUCUUAUACUAGACUCUUUCCAGCCAUGGGCCUCUGUUGUCACUGAUAACAACUGGGUCAUGAUUCUGAGUCAAUCUUGUCUUUUCCAUUCAUACUUUAUUUUUAUUUAUUUUUGUUAGGAAUGUGAGAAUUUUUGUUUAUUUAUUUAUUCUAAUUAGGUAUAUACAACAGCAGAAUGCAUUUUGGUUCAUUGUAUACAAUUGCAGCUCAACUUUUCAUUUCUCUGGUUGUACCUGAUGAUGGCAUCACACCAUAUGUGCAGUCACACAUGUACCUAGGGUAAUGAAGAUCAUCUCAUUCCACCAUCUUUCCCGCCCCCAUAUGCCCUCCCAUCCCUCCCUCUCCUUUGCCCAAUCACAGUUCCUUCAUUUUACCAUGCCCCCCCACCUCCCAUUAUGGAUCAGCAUCCACAUAUCAGAGAGAACAUUUGGCCUUUGGGUUUUUGGGAUUGACUUACUUCACUUAGCAUGAUAUUUUCCACCUCCAUCCAUUUACCUGCAAAUUCCAUAAUUAUAUUCUCUUUUAAUGCUGAGUAAUAUUCCAUUAUGUAUAUACCACAAUUUAUUUAUCCAUUCAUCUAUUGAAGGGCAUAUAGGUUGGUUCCACAGUUUAGCCAUUGUGAAUUGAGCUGUUAUAAACAUUGAUGUGGCUGCAUUACUAUAAUAUGCUGAUUUUAAGUCCUUUGUGUAUAGACUGAGGAGUGGGAUAGCUAGGUCAUAUGGUGGUUCCACUCCAAGUUUUCUAAGGAAUCUCCAUACUGCUUCCCAGGUUGUCUGCACCAAUUUGCAGUCCCACCAGCAAUGUAUGGAGUAUGCCUUUUUCCCCACAUUUUCUCCAACACUUAUUGUUGUUUGUAUUCUUGAUAACUGUCAUUCUGACUGGUGUGAGAUGAAAUCUUACAGUAGUUUUGAUUUGCAUUUCUCUAAUUGCUAGAGAUGUUGAAUAUACAGAUUCAAUGUGAUUCCAAUUAAAAUCCCAAUGUCAUUCCUUAUAGAAAUAAAAAAAGCAAUCAUGAAAUUUAUUUGGAAAAAUAAGAGAUCCAGAAUAGCCAAAGCAAUCCUUAGUAAGAAGACUGAAGCAGGAGGCAUCACAAUACUAGAUCUUAAACUAUAAUACAAAGCUAUAGUAACAAAAUGGCAUGGUAUUGGCACCAAAAUAGACAUGUAGACCAAUGACACAGAAUAGAAGACACAGAGACAAACCAACAUAAAUAUAAUUAUCUCAUCCUAGACAAAGGGGCCAAAAACAUACAUUAGAGAAAAGAUAGCCUCUUCAACAAAUGUUGCUGGGAAAACUGAAAAGUCGUAUGUAGUAAAAUGAAACUAAAACCCUAUCUCUCACCAUGCACAAAACUCAACUCAAAGUGGAUCAAGGACCUAGGAAUUAGACCAGAGACCCUGCGCCUAAUAGAGGAAAAAGUAGGCCCAAAUAUUCAUCAUGUUGGAUUAGGCCCUGACCUCCUUAAGAAGAUUCCUAAAGUGAAAGAAAUAAAAUCAAGAAUCAGCAAAUGGGAUGGAUUCAAACUAAAAAUCUUCUCAGCAAAAGGAACAAUCAAUGAGCUGAAGAGAGAGCCUACAUUUUGGGAGCAAAUUUUUGCCACGUGCAUGUCAGAUAGACCCCUAAUCUCCAGGAUAUAUUAAGAACUCAAAAAAACCUAACACCAAAAAAAGAACAACCCAAUCAAUAAAUCAGCCAAGGAACUGAACAGACACUUCUCAGAAGAAGAUAUACAAUCAAUCAACAAAUAUAUGAAAAAAUGUUCAACAUACUUUAUUUUUGAUCAGGAAGAGUGAGCCAGAGGUAGAGAAUCUCAUCUCUUUGUGGCUGGUGUCUGAACUGGGGGCCGUCUUGUGAGACUGAACUUUAAACUUGUGGGGCCCAUGCUAACCCAGGGUAGUUAACCUCAGAAUUGAAUCAAGUUGUUGGGUGCUCAGUUUGGGUCAGGAAAUUGGAGAAUUGACUGGUAUUGGAAUGAUGUAUCUGUUAUUGAAAAGGACAUCACUCAUUUGGUGCUAGAAAGAAAUCACAUACCUGUUCAUACUGAUACCAUCUGCAAAUAAUAAAAAAUUAAGUGACUUU